CUUGUGUUGUGUGGCGACAGGCGGAGGAUGGAGAGAGAAUGGAGAGAUAUGCAUGGGUGCAUCUCCAACGUCCAAACCUCAUCCUUGAAGAUUAGAAGCUCCCGUUUACUUGGCUUUCGCUAUCACAAUUCAAAUGCAGAGAUAGCUAGCUAGGCCCCUUGGGUGGAUAUAUCAUAUUCAUAUAGAGGAGGAGGUGGUAGGUUGGUGAGGUGUAUAAAGGCAGGAAGGUCCAGGGUUCGUUGCCCACCAUGUCUUCAGCUUCGCUAGUUAAGAGCUUCAAACUCACCUCUUCUUCCUCCUCCUCACCCUUCUCUCCUGCUACCAGCAGGAAACCUAGUCCUUGCAGUGUUUCUGCCAGGCUCACUACUUCUCCUGCUUCUCGAUCUCCUCCCCCUAACCUCAUCCAAAACAAGCCUGUUGUCUCUGUUCCUGCUCUCACUCGGAAGGAAGAAAUGGGAAAGGAAUAUGAAGAGGCCAUUGCAUCUCUCCAGAAACUUCUCAGUGAGAAGGCAGAGCUGAAAGCUGAAGCAGCAUCCAAGGUGGAGCAGAUAACAGCCCAAUUGCAGACAGUCGAUGGCAGCAGCACCAAGACUUAUGAUGCCGUCGAGAGACUCAAGAGCGGCUUCAUUCACUUCAAGAAAGAGAAAUAUGACACCAACCCAGCUCUGUUCAAUGAACUUGCCACAGGCCAAUGGCCCAAGUUUAUGUUGUUUGCAUGCUCGGAUUCCCGGGUUUGCCCAUCACAUGUUCUGGAUAUCCAGCCAGGGGAGGCUUUUGUGGUCCGCACAGUUGCUAAUUUGGUCCCACCCUUCGAUAAGACUAGAUACUCUGGGACUGGGGCGGCCGUUGAGUAUGCUGUUUUGCAUCUUAAGGUUCAAUACAUUGUGGUGAUUGGGCACAGCGCUUGUGGUGGGAUUAAGGGACUCUUGUCCAUCCCAGAAGAUGGAAAAACCUCCACUGACUUCAUAGAAGACUGGGUGAGCAUCGCCUCCCCUGCAGCGAAGAAGGUGAAGGCAGACCAUGGCGCUGAUGCUCCCUUCGCUGAAUUAUGCGCCCAUUGUGAAAAGGAGGCGGUGAAUGUGUCUAUUGGGAAUCUGCUGAGCUAUCCAUUUGUGAGAGAUGGUUUGCUGAAGAAAACUCUGGCAAUCAAGGGAGGCUACUACGACUUUGUCAAGGGAGGUUUUGAGUUGUGGGAUGUUGACUUUAGCUUCUCUCCCUCUCUCUCCGUAAAAGAGGUGGCCACCGUACUGCAGUGGAAGCUCUAGGGGCAUCACCACCAAUUCCAUUCCAUGGGUUAGAGAGAGAGAAAGAGAGAGCCUUAGAGAUGAUGAUCGUUGCAAACAUGCGGCUCCAUCUCCUCAUCAUAUGAAUCUAAUUACGCAUAUAUGAUGACGUGAAUUGGGUUAUGUAGACCAACAAUUCAAGCCAUCUUUCUUUUAUCUAAAGUUUGGGUU